AUGGCCAAGCGCACUAAGAAGGUCGGAAUCACCGGUAAAUACGGUACCCGUUAUGGUGCCUCUCUCAGAAAGACCGUCAAGAAGAUGGAAAUCACUCAACAUUCCACUUACACCUGUACCUUCUGUGGUAAGGACGCUGUUAAGCGUACUGCUGUUGGUAUCUGGAAGUGCAAGGGUUGUAAGAAGACCAUGGCUGGCGGUGCUUACACUGUCUCCACUACUGCUGCUGCCACUGUUCGUUCCACUGUUCGUCGUCUCCGUGAAUUGGCCGAGAUCUAA